GGGUUCCGGGCGCUGGUUGCCUUGCUUGCGCUCCAUGUCGCCCCACAGCGCCCUCUUGGACCCUGCGCAGAGUUACCGGCCCAAAAUGGGAGCAACCAAGAGUCCCGGGGAAGCGACGGCGCUGCGCAAGAGCCUCAAACCGCUGAUGGAGAAGCGCCGUCGGGCGCGCAUUAACGACAGCUUGAACCAGCUCAAGACCCUCAUCCUGCCGCUCAUCGGCAAAGACAGUUCUCGCUAUUCCAAGCUAGAGAAAGCGGAUAUAUUAGAGAUGACUGUGCAGUUCCUCAAAGAACUUCCAGACCCGUGUGCCUCUGUUUCUGCCUCUGCCGAAGGUUACUGCGAAGGCUACCAAGCCUGCGUGUCCCGCCUCACCAGUCUCUUGCCCAAGUUCAGUCUGCUGAACCCAGAUGCCUGCAACAGCCUGCUGAGGCAUCUCCAACAGGCCGGCGAGGAACACCGCUGGAUUCGGGACUGCAGCAGCCCAACGAACUUGCCCCAAGCACAACCCUCGGCUGCACCUCUCUGCCCAGCCAGAAGGGCCCAAGAAACCUUUUCUGCACACUUGCCUGCUGUGGUCCAGCCUGCCCUUUGGAGGCCCUGGUAGGCCCGUGGUGCCUCAUAGCUAAUUCUAAGGCCCAGCUUGUUCCUCCUUCCGAUGGGCCACACCAUGCUGCUAGUUCUUUGGGAAACAUGUUCGUGGGAAUACGAGUCCCCAACACAGAAGAAGGUGCCUGAAUGAGUCAUUGCUCUUGCUUUCCUUGCUUCUGUGGAAGAUAGGACAUCCUGCCUCCUCUUGGUUGCGUGUGACAGAUUGUUUUGAGUCAUUCCUGAGGCAGAGACAUGCAGUAUUAGGAAAGGAGGCAGACAGAUGUCUCCCUGCGUGAACGCUGUUCUGCGGCUGCCUCCUUCUAACCAGGAGGCAUGCCCAGGUCAGUGAUUCAUGGGAAAAUACAGGGAGUAGGCUCCUCCGAGGGAGGGAAAUCCUUGCUGUCGUAAUACACUACGGGAAGUCAUUGAGAUGUAAGAGACCUCGAGUUUUAGUUAAGAAGGAAAAAAGGGUGCUUUCUAUUUGGCAGCCUCCAGAACCAGGGAGACUUUCUGGUCCCUGGUUGUGGUGGGUUUUCCGGGCUGUGUGGCUGUGGUUUGGUAGAUCUUGUUCCUAAUGUUUUGCCUGCAUCUGUGGCCAGCAUCUUCAGAGGUGUAUCACAGAGAGAAGUGAAGA